AUGGCUAGAACAAAACAGACAGCCCGUAAAUCAACUGGUGGUAAGGCACCACGUAAGCAAUUAGCAUCUAAGGGUGCAAGGAAAUCAGCCCCAGUUACUGGAGGAGUAAAGAAACCACGUAGGUAUAGACCAGGAACUGUUGCUCUCCGUGAAAUUAGAAGGUAUCAAAGAUCUACUGAAUUGCUUAUUAGGAAAUUGCCCUUCCAGAGAUUAGUCCGUGAAAUUGCUCAAGAUUUCAAAACUGAUCUGAGAUUCCAAUCAUCUGCUGUUAUGGCUUUGCAAGAAGCUGCUGAAGCUUAUUUAGUUGGCUUGUUUGAAGAUACUAAUCUUUGUGCGAUCCAUGCUCAUCGUGUAACAAUCAUGCCUAAAGAUGUCCAGCUUGCCCGUCGUAUUCGUGGUGAGCGAUAG